AUGGGUGACUUCAACACCGAGGCUUUUACACUCUUGGCCGUGGCCAUUGUGGUCAUUGCUCUUCGUACCAUCGCGCGAUGGAUUAUGGUAGGACCGCGCAAUUUCCAGCUCGAUGACUAUCUGAUGCUGCUGGCGUGUGUAGUAUACGGGCUGGAAACCGGCGCCGCAUACAUGGUGGGCGCUUGGUUCAUGGGUCUCGCCAACAACGCAAUGACCGAUGAGCAGCGCAGGACGCUGUCGCCAGACUCGAAGGAAUAUUAUUACCGUGUUGGAGGCUCCAAAGUACAAGUGACGGGCUGGUCUCUUUACACAUUGCUACUGUGGCUGCUGAAGACAUGCAUGGCCAUUUUCUAUUCUCGCCUCACAGCUGGACUGAUUAAUAUGAGAGUCCGAAUUCAUGUCGCUUAUGGAUUGAUUGCGGCAACAUACAUUGCUACCAUUUGUUCCAUUCUUUUUGGCUGCCAUCCCAUGCACAAAAAUUGGCAAAUAUACCCCGAUCCUGGAAACUAUUGUCAGCCGGCUGUAUCAAAGAUCGAUAUUUAUGUCACAGUGGUCCUCAAUGUCGUAACCGAUAUCUAUCUCAUCAGCAUUCCGGCUCCGAUGCUCUUCAAAGCCCGACUGCGAUGGAGAGAAAAAUUGGAACUCCUCGUUCUGUUCAGCGGUGGUCUUUUUGUCAUGAUGGCGGGAAUACUGCGCUGUGUAUUAAUCCUGACAGCUGGCGCCAAUGGUGCUCAACAAGCCGGGAGCUGGGCUUGCCGUGAGACCUUCGUGGCUGUUGUUAUUGGAAAUAUGCCGAUGAUAUACCCACUAUUCCGCCGAAUUGCUCGCCGCACUGGACUGUAUCUAACCACCAGGAGUAAUGGCUCUCAGAGCUACCCGGCAUACCCGCUAUCCGAAGGUGAAAAUACGACGGGAUCAAAAUACGCGAAGCGCAAGAAAUUCCGGCACCCGCUUUCCCUCCCCGCUGAUACACAAUGGAAUACCAUUAGCGAUGAGCAGAUGAUACUUCCGACCUCGCGACAACAGCCCCCGACGUGCACGGCCGGAGAGGGAGAGUGGGAUGCCCAGAGCCAUGUCAGCCACGGGGGAGGAAUCAAGGUCAUCCAUGAAACAAUUGUACACAGUGCGGAGAAAGAGCCCAAAGUAUAG